AUGCGUCCUGCUCUUCCCGUGGGCCUCAAGCUGGGAGUGACACUACGCUACCUCGCCACGGGAGAUGACUACACAAGCCUCCACUACGACUUCAGGGUGUCUGUUCCAUCGAUCUCCAGAUUUGUUCCCAAAGUCCUCAAGGCCAUCAUCCAAGUUUACAAGGACGAGUACCUGCACUGCCCUCGAACGCCUGAAGCCUGGAAGGAGGUGGCAGACGGAUUCUCCCGCAGGUGGAACUACCACAACUGCCUCGGCGCCCUGGACGGCAAACACGUACCCAUCAGAAGACCACCCCACGCUGGCUCCAAGUUCUUCAAUUAUAAGAAGUUUCACAGCAUCAUCCUCUUGGCUUUGGCGGACUCUGGCUUGAGGUUCAUCUACGUCGACGUCGGGGCUGAGGGGGGAGCUGGCGAUGCAGGCACCUGGAACCGCUGCACCCUACAGCAGGCCAUCGAAUCAGGAGCGCUCAGCCUGCCAGACGACACUUGCCUGCCUCACGACGACACUCCCUGCCCUACCACAUCAGCUCGCCGGGUGGUGGAGAACGCCUUCGGGGUGAUGCAGCGCAAGUUCAAGGUUUUCGGAGUCACCCAAGGGAUUUUGCCUGCAACAGUGAGAGAUGUCGUCACCACCUGCUGCAUUCUCCACAACAUGGUCGUCACACCCGCCAUCCAACCUGCCGAGAUAGACCACGAAGACGAGGACCACAACAUUGUUCCUGGCAGCUGGAGAGAAGGCGAGACCCUGAUGGCAGACCUCGCUCCAGCCAGAGGCAACAACCCCAGCAGGCGAGCAAAGGCCGUGAGGGACUACCUGGCGAACUACUACACUUCAGAAGUUGGAGCUGUGCCCUGGCAGGAACGGCUGGUCUACCCCCGAGGACGCCCCCAAGACGCCGAGUGA